AUGGCACCACUCGCGAUUUCUCAGCCGCGCCUGUUGAGCGAUAAGAUGCUUGUGGCAGCCGCGAAGGCGCUCAGCGCGCAAUCACCCGCUAUGAAGGACCCCGCGCGUCCGCUGCUGCCGGAUGUGGAGGAUGUGAGGGAAGUCAGUGUGCAGAUUGCGAUAGCGGUGGUGAGGCAGGCGGUUGAGUAG